AUGUCAGCACCAGCAUCAGAUCCUCCCCCUCCCCCUCAAUCCACGGAUAACGGCGACAACAAGCCCGAGGAGGCUACUGUAACUCCAACAAGCGGAGAGAGUCACGAGAAUGCAGAAUCAGCCAACUCACCAGCAGAUGAUGUACAGAUGGAAGAAGAGAAAACAGUAGAAGAUCCUUUGGAGGACGUACCAGAGGGCGUACUUACUUCUGAAGCCGCCGAUAUCAAAAUGCAAGCACGUAUGAUCGAUAAUGAGAUAAAGAUGAUGAGACAAGAAUCACUGAGACUUGCACAUGAGAGAGAACAAAUGUCAGAUAAGAUCAGUGAUAACAUGACCAAGAUUAAGCAGAACAAAGUGUUACCGUAUUUGGUAUCGAAAGUUGUCGAGAUCUUGGAUGUGGAUGCAGAAGAACAAGAAGGAGCUGCUCACAAUGAACAGAACGCUAAGAAGUCGAAAUGUGCUGUCAUCAAGACUUCAACUAGACAAACCGUAUUUUUACCAAUCAUUGGUCUUGUACCUCAUGAUGAUUUACGUCCUAGUGAUUUGAUCGGUGUGAACAAAGACUCAUAUCUCAUUCUUGACAAAUUGCCUGCUGAGUAUGACGCUCGAGUCAAGGCGAUGGAGGUCGAUGAGAGACCAACGGAGACUUACACGGAUAUCGGUGGUUUAGACAAGCAGGUCGAGGAGCUGAUCGAGGCUAUCGUAUUACCUAUGCAACAAGCCGACAAGUUCAAGACGCUCGGUAUCACCCCACCGAAGGGAUGUUUGAUGUAUGGUCCCCCUGGUACCGGAAAGACGCUGCUUGCACGAGCCUGUGCUGCUCAGACGAACGCUUGUUACCUGAAACUCGCUGGACCCGCUCUUGUUCAAAUGUACAUCGGUGACGGUGCUAAACUGGUCCGAGACGCGUUCGAAUUGGCUAAGGAGAAAGCCCCCGCGAUCAUUUUCAUCGAUGAAUUGGAUGCUAUCGGAACAAAGCGAUUCGACAGUGACAAGUCUGGAGACCGUGAAGUGCAAAGAACUAUGUUGGAGUUGUUGAAUCAGCUGGACGGUUUCUCAAGCGAUAGUCGAAUCAAGGUCAUCGCCGCUACCAACAGAAUUGACAUUCUCGAUCCCGCGCUCCUCCGUUCAGGUCGAUUAGACAGAAAGAUAGAGUUCCCUUUACCUAACGAAUCAGCGAGAGAACGAAUCCUGCAGAUUCACUCAAGAAAGCUUAAUCAUCAUGGCGUCAACUUUGAGGAAUUAGCGCGAUCAACAGAAGAUAUGAACGGUGCUCAACUCAAAGCAGUUUGUGUGGAGGCAGGAAUGUUGGCAUUAAGACAAAACGCCACUCAAUUAACGCAUGAACAUUUCCACGGCGGUAUCCUUGAAGUUCAAGCUCGUAAAGCGAAAGAACACCAUUAUUUUGCAUAA